CAAAGCAAACGUCACCCCCUCACACAAAUAUACAAUCACACACACAUCGACACGCCCGCGCGAAAACAAUAACAAACAAGAAACCUAAACAAAAAUCAAAAAUUUGUCAUCGUCCGCUGGAGUUUUGGCCUCGAAAAUGACAUCCAAUCCGACGCAUACUCUCCACCAGGCAAUCCAGGCCAAGUUCGGCACCCAAAACGCCAGCGAUACGUCCAAAUUGAGCAGUACAAGUACCACGCCCCCACAAACGACGCCCAGAUUCGUAAUUCCGCAGCUAAAGAUUCCGCAAUUGCAACUGCAGGCGUCCACGGAUGCGGCUGCCCAGCGGGAAUCCCGGCAAGCGGCGGAAGCCCACAACCAGUUGCUGCUCAACGAGAUCCAGUUGAGACGACGCCAGCGAUCGGAGAGCGAAAACAAGGUUCCAUCCGCGCAGUUUGUGAUUCCCCCACUGGUGCCGACGCCUGCGGAGCCCCUGAAUAUACCCCUUCUAUCCCGACUGGAGCGUGGUGUGGAUCAGCUGCAGAUCCGGGACGAUGGAGGCGAUAGAGCCCCCAAUGGGAGCUCGCCGGCAGCACCCCUCAUUGACCUCUCGUCCACGGUAAUAGCCGGGAUUAAGGAUGCGCCGCCCAAGGAGUCGGCAAGCAAGGCGCGCCAGCUGACAUCCCGGGAGAACUUUGACAUACCUUUCAUUGCCUGCGAUCGGGGACAAAGGAGCACCCCCACUGGCGGUCUCCUCGCCAACCGGAGGUCCCUCCACGCGGAGGAGGACGAGCUGGCUGACCACACGCCUGCGGACACCGAGUUCCGGGAACAGCCAGGACCCAUUGGUCAAAUGCUGGAUGCUGUGGUGGGCUAUCCGGAGCCAAGGAAACCACGAUUGGAGUACGCGGUCACCCAGUUGGAGCGGCAGCACCUAAGGUUGUGCCAGCGGGAGAGUUACGGCAGCCAGGUCAAGAGAUUCCCCUUCGACACGCCCUCGCCGGAUGAGCUCGUUAAGCAGGCGCUGCAGAAGUCCUGGCGCGCAUCGCGCACUUGACUCUAGUCGCACCCUAAGUUGACAAUUACCGAAAAGUAAAAUGAAGAUUUCGUUAAAAGCACUCAUUUAAAUACCCCUCAAAAAUAGGCACACUGUGAUGAAAAUAAAUAAAUAUCCCUCACAAUGA